AUGAGGCCUGGAAGUAGCCUGGGGUUUGCUCUUUUCUGCUGGGUUUUUGGGGAGGUGCUUGCUUACAACCACUGGGACUUUGUUAGAGGGGAGGCAGAGCUAUGGAGGUAUGGGAGGGAUCCUUCCUCAGGGCAGCCCCGUACCUUCUCCCAGGCCUCUCCUUGGGCAUGGGUGGAUGUCUCUCAGCUCCAGGCUUCUGCGCCUUUGCACCCUGUGACUGUGCAAUGCCAGGAGGCACAGAUGGUGGUCACGGUGCACAGGGACCUCUUUGGCACAGGACGCCUGGUCAAGGCUGCAGACCUGACCCUGGGCUCCGCUGCCUGCUUGCCUGUAUUUUGGAGUGCUGCUGAGACCAUGGUGACCUUCAUGGCUGGACUGCAUGAGUGUGGCAGCACCCUCAGGGUGACCCCUGAUGCUCUAAUCUACAGCACGAGCUUAAAUUACAACCCAGUUCCUACUGGUAACCCUGUCAUUGUCCGCACCAACCCUGCCGUGGUUCAUGUUGAGUGCCACUACCCAAGGAGUGACAACGUGAGCAGCAAUGGUGUGAAGCCCACAUGGUCACCCUUCCGCUCCACUUUCUCGUCUGAGGAGAAGCUGCCCUUCUCCCUUCACCUCAUGAAUGAUGACUGGAGUGCCCAGAGGAUCUCCACCAUAUUUCAGUUGGGAGAGGUCCUCCACUUCCAAGCUGGUGUCAACACCGAGAACCACGCGCCUCUGAGGCUCUUUGUGGACAACUGUGUAGCCACUCUGACCCCAGACAGGAGCUCUUCUCCCCAGUACACUUUUAUUGACUUUAGUGGGUGCCUGGUGGAUGGGCAACUAGAUGAUGCCACCUCAACUUUUAUAUCCCCAAGACCCAGGCAAGAUGUGCUUCAGUUUGCAGUAGAUGCGUUCAAGUUUGCAGGAGACUCCAGCAAUCUGAUCUACAUCACCUGCCACCUGAAGGUCUCCCUGGCUGACCAAGCUCCAGACCCUCUGAACAAGGCUUGCUCCUUCAACAAAGCCAACAACCUCUGGGCUCCUGUGGAAGGCACCCAAGAUAUCUGCUCCUGCUGCGAGAUGCGGAGCUGUGGCUUGGCUGGGCACUCCAGAAGGCUCCAUGCUUCCUCCCGACAGCAAGGAGGACGUGUCCGGAGAGAACUCCCCUCCCAGCCUGAGCUGGGUGAAGCAGAUGUUGUGGUUGGACCUCUCUUUAUCCACAGCUGGCAGGACCACACAGUUAGGAGGUUGUCUUCACAAGAUGCAGGUCACUUGUGGAUGAUACUGGGCCUGGCUGCAGUCGCUGGUUUGGUCAUCCUGAUCCUUGCUGUUCUAGGAGCUCUGACUGUCUGCCAGAAACCCAGCAACCCUGUUUAA